UGAGUCUAAGUAUCGCAAAAACGAGUGGAAGGAAAAAUUGUGAAGGAAAUGCAUAUAACAACCUUGGCCUUGUCUAUCAGAAUCUCGGUGAUCUGGAGAAAGCAAUCGAGUAUUUUCAGCUGAGUCUAAGUAUCGCAAAAACGAGUGGAAGGAAAAAUUGUGAAGGAAAUGCAUAUAACAACCUUGGCACUGCCUAUCGCCACCUCGGUGAUUUCGAGAAAGGAUUCAAGUAUUUUCAGCUGUGUCUAAGUAUCGCAAAAAAGACUGGAGACAAAAAGUCUGAAGGAUGUGGAUAUAACAACCUUGGCCUUGUCUAUCAGAAUCUCGGUGAUCUGGAGAAAGCAAUGGAGUGUUUUCAGCUGAGUCUAAGUAUCGCAAAAACGAGUGGAAGGAAAAAUUGUGAAGGAGCUGCAUAUUUCAACCUUGGUUGUGUCUAUGACGAUCUCGGUGAUUUGCAGAAAGCAUUCGAGCUUACUCAGCUGAGUGUAAGUAUCGCAGAAAAGACUGGAAACAAAGACUCUAAAAGAAUUGCAAAUAACAACCUUGCUUCUAUUUUUUUCCGUUUUGGCGACGUUAUUAAAGCCGAGGAGUGUGCUAAAUCCUCUAUAAAACUGUGCGAGGAAAUGAGGGAUCUCCUGCCCGGGAAAGACGAGUGGAAAAUCAAUUUUCGGAAUGAACGUGACGACAGUUAUACUCUUUUAAGGAGAAUUCAAUCACAACAAGGUAGAACCCUUGAGGCACUUUUCACAGCUGAGGCGGGACGAGCACAAGCUCUCAUGGAUCUCAUGGAAUCACGAUAUUGCGUCAGGGAAUCAGUGCGACCGUCGUCAGAACAGCAGAUGGAACUAAUAAUGACAAUUUCAGGACUUGUUUCUUCGCCUAUGAUUUUUGUAGCAGAAGAUCAAAAACUAGUGAGUUUGUGGUUACUGCUUAAGGGACAGCAGUGUCAUUUUAUCCAAAAGGAGAUCAGUGUUGACUUAAAAUCACUAAUUCGCGAAACGUACCAAAAGAUUGGUGUCAACUUCGAUGUGAGGGGCAAGGAUCGCUCCGGGGAUGAGCCAGAAGAUGAAGAGAGUGUUGCUCUUAAAACAUUGCAUGACGUGGUUAUCGCUCCAUUUUCACACUUGAUAAAAAGUGACGAAAUCAUCAUUGUCCCUGACCGCUCAUCAUUCUUGAUUCCUUAUGUUGCCCUUGUGGACCAGAAUUCCAGGUAUUUGUCUGAAACGAUGAGAAUUCGAUUGGCUCCAUCACUAAGAAGCUUGAGGUUGCUGGCAGAGUGUCCGGAGGACAGCCAUAGUACAUCUGGUGCACUGCUUGUUGGUAAUCCGUGGGUGGAAACCGUACGCAUCAAAGGGUCCAAAUUCAAACCGCUUCCAGGUGCUGAGAAAGAAGUACAAAUGAUUGGACAGAUUCUUAACAUUCAACCUCUCACUGGUAGGAACGCUACAAAGAUCAAGUUUUGAGCAGGCUCAACUCAGUUUCUUUAGUACACAUUGCAGCACAUGGUUGUCCAGAAAACGGAGAAAUUAUUUUGUCUCCUAAUCUUGCUGAUGCUAAAAAGCCGGAAGAGGAGGACUUUCGUUUGACAAUGAGAGAUGUUUUGGAUGCACAAUUGCGCGCCAAGCUUGUUGUCUUAAGCUGCUGUUUCAGUGCACGAGGGGAGAUCAAAGCCGAGGGAGUGGUUGGAAUUGCACGUGCCUUUUUAGGAGCCGGUGCACGUUCUGUUAUCGCGUCACUGUGGGCGCUCAGCGACGACGACACUUUGGAGUUUAUGAGACAUUUUUACCGAAAUUUGGUAGCGGGGCAAAGUGCAAGUAAGUCCCUUCAUCAUGCCAUGGAAUGUAUGCGGGAGACUCAAGAAUUCAACGCCGUGAAGUACUGGGCGCCAUUCGUGCUGAUUGGGGAUGACGUGACAAUGAAUUUUGACUAAUGAAAGGUGAGUUGCUCAGUUAAAAAGAAAAGUCAAAAAUAGAUUUUUCGCAUCAGCAUUAAAUUCAGCACGUGCGAAGUUCGAGUUUUGAAACGGAACUUAAAUUUCUACAACGACAGAAAAAGUAAAUUAAAGCACGGACGACAGAUUGAACACGUUGUGCAGACUGAAAAAGAAACCAACACAGAAUAAAAGGAUCAUGCUAGUUUGAACACAUGAGGUCAGUUUUCAGUUGUAGGCCAGAAAUAAGUCAAUCAAUCAAUCAAUAGAUCGAUCAAUCCGUAGUUUCAAAAGUUCUGAUGCCACGAGUCUAUGGUUGACACAACAGAGUAAAGACCGACAGUCUAUUAUUGUUAGUUUUUUUUUGUAUUUCCUUCUAUAACAAUUAUAAGAGUACCCCUUCCCCCUGAGAAAGUUACCUGGUGUUACCUUAUUUGAGACCUGAAAAUCUGUUUCUAUACCGGAGGCGUAGCUACCUUUUCGCCAGUGUGCACCGGCCUGUAAAGCUUGUAUAAGAGUAGCCCUCCCCCUCCCACUCCCCCCUACACAGGAAAAUUCCCCACCUGGUCAUAGCUAGUCUUCUCGCUUAUUAGUUAACUUGAUAAAAAUUACAGAAAUUAGCUUGUCUGUUGCUUUCUUUCACUGCAGAGCCAACAAAAGAUAUGGAAGGACUUCUGACAUCUGGGAAAGCUGUAUGAUCCUGCAUCUCCAUUAAGUCGUUGUGGCUGUACUUACCAGCGGGAAUUGAUUUACGGAUUUAUUUACAGUGAGGAGAGGUAGACCAUGAGGGCAGUCCCUUAUUUUCUCGAGGGAUAGUAGAGCAAACAAAAUAAUUAAGAGGGCGUUCAUGAAAAACACAACCCUCGAGUCCCCACUUGCCGCGCGCCUUCCUCGUGGGUGGCAAUUUUCACUGCCACUCGGGUACUAACUCCCUCUACUUCCCUCAAGGCAAAUAAGGUCCGACCACUCAUUGUCUAGAAGAACACUUCAAAAAUCAAUCAUCAAGAGAUGGGAAAAUACGAAACGACAACGAGCACUGUAUAAAACAAAAACGUUUUGGUCCAAUUAGACGACGAAGCCACCUAGAUACUUGUGGAAAACUUCAACAACUUCAGCAAGGGUUUCUGGGAACAGGUUUCAGUCAUUCCGUGGACGAACCUUUUAUAGACUUCAACGAAAAAGUUGCUUUAUUUGCGUGAACUUGCAUUGGGCCGGAUAUACCAUAUACACUGUAAAUAGAAAUUAUAUACCGUAACAUCCCGUUUCUAUGUGUUCAGGGAAAUUGGUUACUGGUUUAAACUUUUACAACAACAAAAACGAAAACAACAUUAGCUUUAUUU